ACCCAGUACGCUUCUACGGAAAGGGGAGGGGUUUAUGAAUGAUUGACAGGUCAUCAGAGUGCCGUCUACAGUGAAGGAGAAAUGAAAACUAAAGCUUGUCGCCGAGAGUCUCUCUGACUAUUACUGAAAAAUUGAUUUGCUUCUGUUGAUUCUGCAUUACACAGCAGUUAGACGAUCAAAGGAUGUAGCUAUAUUUAACAGUCAUUUACGCCUUGAAGCCUUUCCAGUCGAGCCGAUAAUGCUUAAAACGAAGCUGCCCAUGAGAACCGCGGAGGCAGGAGAUGGCGAGGAACAGCCGGAUCUCCAUAUUCCCAGAUCGGUCUCUCCCACGAUCUCGGACAGGCUCGAAGAUUCAUCCAGACACCUAGGAUAUCCAUCUCAAUUGGACAAAGAGACCGUUUUCGAGUGGUUUGGUUUGCAUCUAAAUCCUGCCAAGCGGAUCGAGUUAAUGUGCGGACUGCUGCAUAUGUGCCAGCCGCUCGAACUCCGGUUUUUGGGCUCCUGUCUGGAAGACUUGGCACGGAAAGAUUACCCAAUUCUACGGGAUGUCGAGAUCAGGGCGAACUGUCCGAAUGAUUUGGGCAUUUUAUCUGAUGUUAUCGACCCGGUGGUGCGCUCCAAACUGCUGGUCUGCUUAUCUCUUCUGCGAUCUGACAGCAAGGAGUGUGCGGGAAUACUAUUUCAGAUAUUGAACCAUAUGGAUCCCUCCUUGUUCUACAAAAACUAUCCCGGUUAUUCUGUUUCUCCCUUCAGGGACCCGUUCCAUCCUUCGCGUGUGGACGAGAAAACGUUCAGGAGAACAGAGCAUAUUUGCGGGCGUCCAAUAGAGGAAGCAGUCGGACCCUUGGAGCAGUUUGCGUUGCUUUUUACUAUGGCUUCGUUGCAUCCAGCGUUUCCUUUUCAUCAAAGAGAAACCCUUCUAGUGCAUCUGGACAAAAUCAAAUUUGCCACAGAGGAUAAACAGCAGAAUCCGUACAGAAUAAACGCCCAGGCCCAGGAAGCAGAGUACCUGGGCCCAGCUGCCGUCACCACUGAAGCCAGUCUGGAUGAGAGGACGCAGGGGCAGAGACAGUGUGCCAGCCAGACACCCCCCAGCUGCAGGACCCAGAGGGAAGCUGUACAUAUAGAGAAGAUUGUACUGAAGGGGAUGUCACAGAGCAGGACAGACAGGGAAUACAAUUUUGAGGUGAAGUGGUCUGACUUCUCAUCCAGCAAUGUCAGGAAAACACAGCUCGAACUGGAGAGCUUCUUGUUGAAGCUCCCCAAGGAGCAGGCCACGGAGUCGUUUGAGAAGGGCAUCCUCCGGCUGCUCAACCAGGGAGACAAGUACGAGAGCAGGGGGGUGGAGAGGAACCUCAAGGAGAAGUUUCUGUCGGCUCCACAAGCUUUCCGACGGACGAGGAAGGUCUGUGGCUUCUUCCUGUGUGAGUCCUCCUCUUCCUCCUCCUCCUGCAGCUGCAGCAGAUGUAACCCUGCAGCUCUGGGGAAGUCCUUCAAGGAGGACGGUUCUGAGGCAUCCAGCCAAGAGGAAGUUGUGUAUUUGGAUCCGUACGUUCUGGGACACCGAAAGAAACAUGUCAGCAAUAGACCCUGCCAUAGUGUUCCCGAUGCCAAAAGUUCCCAGGGAGAGAGCGUUCGAAAGGGAUCACACAGCCUGCCUGACUGGACGAGGAAGACCCGCACGCUUCAACCCGACCAGGAGGCCUCUGGGGGCCCAGAGCAGCAUCAGGGCAGUGAGAAGAGGGGCAACCACCCUGCCAGCAUGAGGCAGCCACUGGGACCAGACAGGGAAAAGGGGAAGAAAGCAUACUUGGCGGCAAAUGGGAGCAUGGUGCCACCAGCUUCUCAGCGAGCGCGACAGUCGACAGGGAAAGACGGAGACUCGGUAUACGGCGAAACCUCGUCUGAGAGCUACAGCUCGGCCUCCAGCCCCCAGCACCACGAACCAGAGAGCCUGGACAGCGAGGACGAAAAGGAUAAAGAUACGGACAGUACCCAGGGCCCAGCGGACUCCUUCUUCCCCUGGCAGGAGGUUGCAGGUGGGGCCAUGCCCACCAUCCACCACCUGGUCUCUGCCAAGCCUGUUGGGGAGCCCCCCAGCCUUGACUAUCCCCCAAACACCUUCAUGCACCCCCUGCCCUGCAUAUUGCCCAACGGUGCACUACCUGCCGAUGCCCCUCUGCCAGUCAUGCCUCCCCACCAGGUGGCAACUGCCCUGGUAGACAACAAGGUGGUCGGAGGACUGAUCAUGCAGGUGCCCCUUGUCCUCCGAGAGCCUACGUCCACCACCGUGCCAGUUCCCGUGCCAGGGGAUCCAGAGCAGAUGCCCAUGGUACUCCCAGGGUUUGGCUCCCUAGCCCUGGGCUUACACUCCCCUGGCAGCCCUGCCCUGCAGCCCCCAGUCCAGCACUUCAAGACAGCCCCUCCGCAGACCACUGCCAGCUCUGAGGGUGUCACCACCCUCCCUGCCCACCAGCCCCUGGUAGAAGCUAUAAGUGUCAUCACCCCUGGUCCGCCCUAUGCCUCACCCCUGCAGCCUGCCUACUCCCCCCCAGACCCUGCCGCCCCCCUAACCCCAUCCGUACCCCUGGGGGACCUUAGCAUCCCUCACAUCAAGCACCCAGAUGUGUCUCUUUUCCCGGACAUGCCCUCCCUGUACACUAUGGCCCCCAUCCCCACUUCCGUCAUGGCCACACUAGGGGUAGCGCCUUCCCCUGGACAGGUUCAGGCGGUGGUGCCCCCGUCCGUACCCACCCACACCCCCGGCCCAGCGCCCGGCUCAACCCAGACCGACUCCACCUCCUACGUCAACAGCACCAGUAACUCCGUUGCCCAGCAACAGGCGCAAUCACAACAACAACAGCAGCAGCAGACGACUCACCAGCAACAGGCCAUGUGUUGCGGGGCGUGCGGUUGCCGAGGCGGCUGCGGCAACAGCCGUACGGCGUCAUCCUUUUUCUUUCCCCACCAGAUGGCGCCACGGCAGGUGUUUGGUGCGCCGCCCAUCUUCCAGCUCACGUCCCUGUGCGCCAGCAACUACCUCAGUCAGCCGCCCCCGCAAAGCAACGGCCAGGCCCAGCUGACAUUCUUCCCCCCCGCCCCUUACGCUGGCCAGACCCUGCUGCACACCCAUUCUGACCAUGUACUGGGCACCCAGCUAGGCUAUAGCCUCCAACAGAUGGUGUCGCCCUUCAACCGUUUCUACCCGCACAUGUACCCCUCCAGCGUGGGUAUGGUGCCCGGUUCGGGAGGCGGCGGAGGGGCCCCGGGGGUAGCGGUCGGCGUCAACAAGAACAACGGCAACGUCUCCUGCUACAACUGUGGGGUCAGUGGGCACUACGCACAGGACUGCAAACAGCCCUCUGUUGAUUCAUCACAGCAAGGUAAUAACGCCACGGCCAGGGGCCUCUUCAGAUGGACCCAUUCGGCCCCUCUGCGGCACCCCCCCUCAGCCCGCUCUUACUCUCUGUCACAUACCAGUGCUUUAUAACCCUACACCCACCCACUCAGAGGGUACCCUUGACCAAGUUUGGGAAGGCACACCUUUGCAGUAACCCUCCCCACCUCCAUUGGCAGGACUUAUUUACAGCCAGGAGCUGCUGUUAAAGGGCUCUCUCUCAUCUCAGGAGACCUGUGGACGUUUUUCUCUCAAAACUCUCUCUUAGCAGUUAAAAAUGAAAAGAAAAAAUCCCAACCGCUCAGGUGCAUUUUGGGAAUUCAUCACAGUGGUUCCUUGUCUUUUUGCUUAAUUUUUCGGGAGGUUAUUUUAAUCCCCCCAUUUUGUAUUGUCUUCUUUGUUCCACUGACGCCGUCCCCUUUCUGUUUUUUCAGGCAGCUUUCGGCUGAAGUACGCCGCCUCCCACUCUCCCGAAGGACUAGACAACGCCAGCUGAACACGUCUUUUCGUUUCGUCAUCUGGUUCCUUGUCACGAGCGGUCCAAGAGAACCCUCCGUUUCAAGAGGGUUUCACUCUGAUGUUUCUCAGUCAUUGUCAUUGUUGGUUUGACCUUUUUAAAGAGCGUGUGUGAGGAGGGUCCUGAGUACUUGUGGCGGAGACAUCCUCUACGUCCCCGUCACAGCUGAGAGUGAAGCUGUCUUGUUUCCAUAGAGACGCACCCCCCCCCCCCCCCCCCCCCCUGAUCCUUUAGAGGCUUUUGGUAUUUUGCACUGAAAACUGGCACAAGACAGCAAGCAGCUCAUGUUCACUAACUUAUUUUUGAUAUUAGAGUGUAGGAGCUUGGGAAAAUGACACCACGUAUCCUAGAGUGUGGGAGCUUGGGAAAAUGACACCACGUAUCCUAGAGUGUGGAAGCUUGGGAAAAUGACACCACGUAUCCUAGAGUGUGGGAGCUUGGGAAAAUGACACCACGUAUCCUAGAGUGUGGGAGCUUGGGAAAAUGACACCACGUAUCCUAGAGUGUGGGAGCUUGGGAAAAUGACACCACGUAUUUUAGAGUGUGGGAGCUUGGGAAAUUACACCACGUCUCUUAGAGUGUGUGAGCUUGGGAAAUGACACCACGUCUCUUAAGAGUGUGGGAGCUUGGAAAAUGACACAACGUCUCUUAGAGUAUGGGAGCUUGGGAAAUUACAACACGUCUCUUAGAGUGUGUGAGCUUGGGAAAUGACACCACGUCUCUUAAGAGUGUGGGAGCUUGGGAAAUGACACCACGUCUCUUAGAGUGUGGGAGCUUGGGAAAUGACACCACGUCUCUUAGAGUGUGUGAGCUUGGGAAAUGACACCACGUCUCUUAGAGUAUGUGAGCUUGGGAAAAUGACACCACGUAUUUUAGAGUGUGAGCUUGGGAAAAUGACACCACGUAUUUUAGAGUAUGGGAGCUUGGGAAAUGAUUUUGUUCUCUGAAUACAUGGGGAUUCUGCGUGAUCUCGAUUAAAGAGUUUCCUAUACUUCAUUUUUACAGCGGUAUAUUUAUGCCUCCUUAUUGUUAUUGGACGAGGAUUUGAAUGGUUUAACUGUGCAGCUACGAAAGAUGAGUACAAACAAAAAAGUUAAUGUAAAAAAAAAAAAGCUGGGAUUAUUUUUUUUUAAAAAUUUUUGCUGCAGUGUUUAUGAAUGUACAACAUAUUUCGUUUUUUUUUUAUGUAAGGAAUCUGGCAGUAUCGAAACAUGUUUCUUAAAGCAUUUGCCACUUGAUAAUAAUGUGAAGCGCAGAAUAAGACGUUUUUAAUCAUCAUGUUUGUCAUGAAGUUAAAUGCUGCUGGGUGUUAAUUUUAGUUAUAAUCUUUGACAAUAUGCACUACGACUGACUACCAGGAAUUCUGAAGUUUCUCAAGUGCACUGAAACAGUCCCGGAAGAACUAGAGCCAGAUGUUAUUGCAACAGCGAAGCUCUGACAAUAUACACUGUUGUCCCUCCAUCCAGUAUUCUCUUGGAAAUGCUGUGCUGACCUGCAGAGUCGGGGGCCACUAUUUGGCUCCUACUAUUGAUAACACUGUUCUCCUCUGAAAAUAACUAUAUUUUCUUUGAGCCAUUUCUACAGGACAAGUGGUGGCCAAGGCAGAUAUCAUGUAACUUUUCUGGAGAUUAAUUAUAUUUAUUCCCACUUCUUCAUUUAAAAUGCAGCUGUGAGAUCUAACUGUAUGGCAUAUGUUUGGUACAUUGGUAAAUGGAAAACAAAGAAAUAUGCACAUACACACUACGAAUUGUGUGUGUUUUCAUGUGGAGUAUGAACACGAUUAGCGUGAGCACUAAUGGAGGUGUCUGAUUGGAGUUGUUUGGGGUAUCAGGAUCAGUAGCUUUCCAGGGAUUGAUUUUAAGUGAAAAUAACCAAACUGCAAAGCAUUCCAGUAGACUAAAUCUGAUCUUUCUUGGUCCUCCCCAUUGUUUAAAGUGAAAGACAGACAUUUUAUGGCAGUCUGGAAACUUUAGCCUGCUCUGAUAUUUUUUUUCACUGAUAUACAAAAUACAAAGAAUUCAAUACAUCUGUUUGAUUCCUCCCAUAUGUGUAGGUGAAAGGCAGGAAAUAUAUGUAACGGUUUUCUAGGUGUGAAGGAGAGUCGGACCAAAA